AUGUCAUCUGAUAACUCAACCACUACAAAAGAAAAGGAGCCUGAAAAGGGACUCUUUCGAUACUGGAAGCCAUCUACAACGAGUCAACCUCCUCCUGAUGGCGGUCUCACAGCAUGGCUUCAAGUCCUCGGCUCUUUUCUCAUUAAUCUCAACAACUUCGGUUUAGCAAACAGCUUCGGCGUCUUUCAAACAUACUACGAAACUACGCUUCUUCGACAACACUCCUCAUCUGCGAUAUCGUGGAUCGGUACACUCCAAGUUUCCCUUAUCCUCAUCAUCGGCGUCAUUUCGGGUCCGCUCUUCGACCAAGGACACUUUUAUCCUAUCCUCAUCGCCUCGAGCCUAAUGCUUACCAUUGCACUCAUGAUGCUGAGUUUGUCGACGCAAUAUUAUCAAGUCAUGUUGACAUGGGGUGUCCUUGGAGGGAUAUGCACUGGGCUGUUGUACAUCCCUAGCGUUGCUAUGAUCCCUCUAUACUUUACGACGCGUCGGGGUCUUGCGCUUGGCUGCGCGACGGCAGGAGGAUCUUUUGGAGGUGUCAUUUAUCCCAUUGUCGUCCGUCGCUUGUUAGACUCUGGAGGUUUCGGCUGGGCGUGUCGAGCCAUUGGUUUCAUUGCCCUCAUCACCUUGACGCUCGCUGCCAUCCUUAUCAAGCCAAGUUAUCUUCACAUUGGCUUCAUUAUUAUGUGGCUGGGCUUCCUUGUACCAUACAUCCUAACGCCUUCGUUUGGCCUACUGGGUCUUGACCACCCCGUCUCCGAGGACCUCGCGUACUAUAUGCUCGCUGUUCUCAAUGCAUCUCAAGCUCUUGGAAGAAUCAUCCCUGCAGCGAUGGUGGAUAAGAAGAUCCUGGGAGCAGAGUCCAUCCUCAUGUUCAACUCGGUUGUUUCUGGAAUGCUUGCCCUAUGCUGGAUCGCAGUGCACAACCUCGGCGGUUUCACUGUCUUUCUCAUCCUCUACGGCUUCUUCUCUGGAGCAGUCACAACCCUGCCAGCAUUCAUCAUCCCGUAUCUCUGCCCCUCUCUAGCGGUCAUAGGAACUCGAAUGGGUAUUGUCUACGGUGCUGCAGGUUUCGGUGCAUUGAUUGGACCACCGAUUGCUCUCGCAGCUGAUGAGGCUCAUGGUGGUCAGCACAACCGUGCGUUCCUAGGUGCGCAACUAUGGAACGGUUUGACUAUUCUUUUCGCGUCGUGUCUUUGCGUGUAUCCUCUUUGGGAGGCAAGGAAGCGAAAGCAUAUGAAGGAGAUGGCGGAUGCCAAGGCAAAGCAGGAUAGCAACGGCGCUUAG